GUGAUCACAUGACAUUACUGUCCCGUCUGUUCUGGUACUUUUAACAACAGCGCGGUGAAUAGUCUUCUUCUUUGUUCUUCGUGUAGGCUAUUUAACAAUCAGACAACAACCGCAAAUGUGAUUGUGUGUCAAGAACAGACUUUGACGCUUUUACAUACGGGAUUUUAAUGAACCUGGACGCACGAAAACAGUUCGGUCUCACCUGAUCUGAGCUGAAAACUACUGAAUCUAUCAAAUCAUAUGUCAAUCUGUCUUCUUCCACAAUGAAGACGGACAUCGCUUACAACCAGCUGGUGGACGUGGAGCGGAGGAGACAGGAAUCCAACAGGAAAGCCCAGCUGUAUUCCAGGUGUGUGAUCGCUCUGGCCACUGUGGCCACUCUGCUGCUGGCCGCCAUGGCCAUCUAUAACCUCCUGACACCGAGGGUUUCCUCCCCCCAUCCUGCCCCCAGCAGCAGCAGCAGCAGCAGCCUCCGUCUGCCCAAGGGCGAGUCCUGCUCAGACCCCUGCAAGAUCGUUCUGGUGGAGAGCAUCCCCGAAGGGCUGGAGUUUAACUCCAGCACCACUCACCCCUCCAUCUUCCAAGCCUGGACCAAUCUGAUGGCCGAGGCUCGCAGCAGUGUCGACAUCGCCUCCUUCUACUGGACACUCACUAACGAAGACACUGGCACUCAUGAGCCGACAGCCAAUCAGGGUGAGACCAUUCUGAAGACACUAGCUAAACUUUCCGGCAAGUUGUCUGUUCGUAUCGCAGUCAACACGCCACAGAAGGGUCAACCACAAGGCGACCUCCGACUGCUCAACAACUCAGGUGCUAAUAUCAGGACAGUUAACAUGAGAGAGCUCACCUCAGGCGUCCUCCACACAAAGUUCUGGGUUGUGGACAAGAAGCACAUUUACAUUGGCAGUGCCAACAUGGACUGGAGGUCCCUCACACAGGUGAAGGAGCUGGGCGCUGUGGUCUACAACUGCAGCUGCUUGGCCACCGACCUGGGUAAGAUCUUUGAAGCCUAUUGGUUCCUGGGGGAGAGUCAGUCCAUCCCAUCGCCGUGGCCCUCCAGCUUCUCCACCCUCUACAACAAGGACACGCCCCUCCAGCUGCCACUCAACAACACGCCGUCCAGCGUCUACCUGUCGAGUUCCCCUCCGUCCUUCUGUGCAGCCGGCAGGACUUCAGACCUCCAGUCCAUCCUCAGUGUGAUGGAGGAUGCCGAGAGCUUCAUCUACAUCGCUGUCAUGAACUACCUGCCCACCAUGGAGUUUUCACACCCUAAAAGGUACUGGGCUGACAUCGACACCCAGCUGAGGCGCGUCGGGUACGAGAAGCGGGUCAAAGUGCGUCUGCUGAUCAGCUGCUGGGCCAGCACCCAACCGAUGAUGUUUCCUUUCCUGAAGUCUCUGGCCUCAGUUUAUGACCCCAAGAGCAAACUGGACAUCCAGGUGAGGCUGUUUGUGGUGCCUGCGAGCCCCAAGCAGAAGGAGAUUCCCUUUGCCAGAGUCAACCACAACAAGUACAUGGUGACUGACAAGAUAGCCUACAUCGGUACAUCUAACUGGUCAGGGGACUACUUUGUGAGCACAGCUGGCUCAGCAUUGGUUGUCAACCAGACUGCAUCACAGUCCCCGGAGCCAACCGUCCAAUCACAGCUGCAGGCUGUGUUUGAGAGGGACUGGAACUCUGAGUACAGCACUCCUCUCACCCAGGACUCAAACGUCAAAGACUUGUGUUAGAUUCUACAGUAUUAAAAAAAAGAAAAACAUCAGUGUGGACCCUUCUCUUCAACACAUUGCGGUGCUAUAGUUGCACAUUUAUUUUAGUAUUUAAACUCUAAAGCAUUUUGCACCAUCGGCUGAAACAAUUGCUGAAACACCAUGAACAUGGAAACUCUAGAGCUAAGAAAUCAGCCAGACGGCCUCUCAGCUGAGCAGAGUUUCCCCGGUUUGCUAAGGUCCAAAGGAAGAUGGACUUUCAGUAAACCUGGCUUAUCACCGCUUUAGUGCAAGUAAUGUUCCAUCAAACCAGUGAAAUGCCAAGUACUGCCAAGGGUUAUUCAAGGAUGCCUUUUUUUAUUUUAAGGUAAGAAUUACUUUGCCUCUCUUUGCUGUUUACUAUCAAAGCUGGCCCGGGAUUCAAACUACACAACAUGGCAUCAUAUACACGCCACUUUCAUAAAGCCAAAUGGCGUGUUAUUGUACGCAUGUAUACAGCUGAUGUAAACAUACACACCACGUGGCCUCGCCACGUUGCGAGAAUGCGAUGUACUAUUGCGAGAACGUCACACCUGUGAAAAAAGAAAAAAUGGUUGGGUUUAGGAAAAGAACACAGACAAAGGCUUUAGUAAGAAAACAGUGACAAACACACGGAAAAUAACGACAAAAACACGCUUAGGAAAACAAUAAAUGGUUGGGUUUAGGAAAGAAACAUUGGGUAAGGCUUAUUUAAAAAAAUAAAAAAUAAAAAAAUGCUGAAAAAUUGCCACACGUGGAAUGCGAACCCCGCUCUCUCAGGUGAAAGUCCUGUGUUUUACCCAUCCACCACUCCAACCAACCUCUGCAAUCCCCCGUUACUUUAUACUACUCGCUACAGUGGAAAUUCAAUUGCAAUGUAGGUCAAUGGUGGCCGAUUUGACCAAUCCCAAUGCAUUCAUUUUCUACAACAUCCGCCUCAGUGGAAGUUGUUUUUAUCCCAGCUAAUCUCAGGGAGUAAAGUUUGAUUCUUUUCGUAAUUGAUCAUUUCAGUUUGCUGGAAUAAUUAAUGUUCCAGCUGGUGUGCUGUGCCUGUGCUGUAAAUGAGAAACAGACGUUUUUAAAAUAAAUACAUUGAAUACUUAAGUCAGCAGUGCGUACAAUAGAUUGAAAGUUUGCUUUAAUUUCCACUGUGUGGAGUGAUUGAAACUACCAAUUAGUGAGGAGGUGGUUGUUAUGGAAACUGUCCUAAGAAGCAUGUUUACCUAGCCUGGAUGCCAGCCAAACUUAGCCCCGCCCACAAAAUUUGAGGUCGGGAACAUUCUGACUAGAAUCUGAGUAGGACCACGUCAGGCUAAUGUUUACCAGUAGCAGGGAGCUUAUAUAUAAAAAAAGCUCUGGGGCAGUUAUUGUGAACAUGUUCUUAUCUCCUUCCUCUUUAUAAAGAAAUUACUCUCAAUAAAUGUCUUCAAAUCAAA